CCGAAAAAUCUGAUGUCAUCUUGCCGGCAAUAUUUUCCUCUCUGUCUGUAUUUUCAAUUUCAAUCAUAUUCCACUCCACUACAGAUAGCGUGUGUAAUUGGUGAAGGGUGUAGUAGUGUGUCGUUUGUUUCUGUUUGCACCCACAUCAUGCAUCUGAAUGGAGCAGCAGCAGCUGAUAUAGACGGCUUGUAUUGUUGAAUGAAGGUGGACGCUUAGGACACAACAGGUUAUUAGCGUUUUUAAAGGACAUAAAUACGAUGUCUGCGAGAGAAAGACUGAAAGAGAAGAUGAUAAAAGAGAGCGUGACACUGCUGCCAUGCUUUUAUUUCGUGGAGCUUCCUCUCCUGAUCUCAUCUGUGGUCAGUGUGUAUUUCCUGGAGUGGACGGACAUUUUCAAACCGGUCCGCUGGGGUUUCAGCUGCCACGACCGCAGUCUGAGUCUGCCUUAUAUCGAACCCACGCAUGAGGUUAUUCCCUUCCUCAUGCUCCUCAGCCUUGCUUUCGCAGCUCCUGCUAUUACGAUCAUGAUCGGAGAGGGGAUUCUGUUCUGCUGUCUGUCGCGAGCGCAGUGCGGAGGUGGAGCUGAAGCCGAUAUCAAUGCGGCCGGCUGCAACUUUAACUCUUUCGUCCGGCGAGGUGUCAGGUUUGUGGGCGUUCACGUGUUUGGCUUAUGUGCCACUGCUUUGAUUACCGACAUCAUCCAGUUGUCGACGGGUUACCCCGCCCCUUACUUCCUGACUGUCUGCAAGCCCAACUACACUUACCUCAAUGCCUCCUGUGAAGAAAGUUUCUUCAUCCUGGAGGACAUCUGCUCAGGAUCUGACGCUGCUGUCAUCAACGCCGGCAGAAAAUCCUUCCCGUCACAGCAUGCAACACUGGCAUCCUUUGCUGCCGUGUAUGUCUCGAUGUACUUCAACAGCACGUUGACGGACUCAUCCAAACUGCUGAAGCCUCUUCUGGUCUUCUCCUUUAUUAUCAGUGCCAUCAUAUGUGGCCUAACCCGCAUUAUUCAGCACAAGAACCACGCCAUUGACGUUUACCUGGGCUUCCUGCUUGGAGGGGGCAUCGCUGUUUACCUGGGUUUGUUUGCUGUAGGGAACUUUCAACCGAGCAAGGAGAAAAGGACAAGUCAGUUUCACAUUCGGGAUUCUCAUCGAACUAUGGCUGACCUGUGCCAUCAAGGUCACCACCUCCCUGCCAAGAGCUGCAGUGGCAGCGACGGCCUCUCAUCUUCAUGCUCCGAGGGCAUCCUACACCGCAGUGCCCAACACCAUCAGGCAGGACCUCCAAGCAGCCUGAAAAAAUCUCGCAGAGAUGUGGAGGUCAUCAAUACUCGCAGCCCUCCACACAAGGAGAACAUGGUGACCUUCAACACCUUGCCGAGAGUGCAUACGCCCGCCAUAGACGAGUCUGCCUUCCGGAACGCCACCAUACACACGUCCUCGGUAGAUUCGAGUCGAUCCAAGCAGCUGCUGUUGCAAUGGAAGAGCAAGAAUGAGAACCAUAAACAUUCCCUGCAUGCCAUGGAAGGUGGACCAGGACAGUCUCCUCCAAACUGCAUGGAUGUCCGCUACAAUUCUGAACCCUCAGCUGUGGGGAUCAACGGUGAACAUCAAGGACCUGGAACCCCGUAUCUAAAAAUGGCCACUGGAAGUACAACACUUCCAAGCAACCCCAGCGGAAUCGCUGGCGGUGCUCGGAUAUCCAUCCAGUCUCGGCCUGGUUCCUCGCAGUUGGUCCACAUCCCAGAGGAGACGCAGGACAACAUGGGCGGCUUGCCAAACAACUCCCGUGACAAAUGGCUGAAAAGCAUGGAGAGGACUGUGGAGAAGGGCGAUGAGGUACCGGUGGUUAGGACUAACUCUAACGGCCAGCCGCGCAUCAUGCAAGUCAUUGCGAUGUCCAAGCAGCAAGGUCUCCUGCAAGGAAGCUCUCCCAGUUCUGAGAGCAGCAGCCACACCAGCUCCACAGCACCGCUCCAGCGCUACAAGAGCCUAACUGAGGAGUCUGGAGGUCAAGGAAGCACUGGAGCCAUCAUUCGGGUGGAAGCCCAUCCGGAGAACGGCCGACCCCUGGUGCAUGCGCACUCCACGGAUGGAAGUGGCUCCUGGACGUGGAAGUCCCAAAGCAGCUUAAGACAGUCCUUUGAGCUUAACGACUUGAAUCGGGACUCGGAGAGCUCUGAAUCCGUGAGAGAUGGGAACAGCUCUACGGACAGAAAGAAGAAUGGCUCUAAUGCUCCCAAAGCCGUCGCUGUGCCAACUGUCCCUAUUGUACCUCCAGCAGGCAGUAACCACCAUCCCAUCCAGACCAUUUCCACCAUCCGGGUCACUCCCAUGGAAAUGAAUGAAACUGGUCCCGAGAGCCACGACUCCAGCUUGCGUAGAAAAAACAGGAUUCUCAUCCCUGAAAGAGGAAACAGUCCAGAUAAUACCAGGAACGUUUUUUACAAGGGAACAUCCACCACCCCUGUUUUUAAAGAGUAGUCAGUCAUUAUCUUGACAAAACAAACAAAUGAAGAAACCAGAAGAGGUUGGGUGUUUUUACGUAGACACAUUUGCUAUGUUUUACACAGUAAUGCAUGAGAUGAUUCACCGACUUAUUUAUAUAUAUAUACAUGACAGAAAGAAAAGCACAAAAUCCAGGUUUUGGUCUUAAUUCUGUUUACUUUUGUGGUAAUAACAUUGUAAACAUAUGACAGUAUAUCACAUGGAAAUGGUCUUACCUUUUAUGCCACACUGUGAAGAUGAAACUGUGACUGUGCCAAGUUUGAACUGCAACACUGUAUUCAAGUAGUUAACAUCACAGAUAUCUAAAAGAUUUGUUCAUAUAGUCAUACUUUCAUAGACACCAUUCACUUAUUCAUACAAUGAUAACUAUGCUAGCUGAAACUCUUAUUUUUGUAUUCUGUAAAUAACUUUUAAACUUGGUGCUGCCAAAUUCUAAACACACAAAUUAGAAAGAAAAAAAAAAACAGAUCUUGAAAUAGAAAAAAAUACUGUUUUCCAAUCUGUGCAGUGCACUCCUCUGAAAACUGUCAUUUUAACUUUCUAAUGACCAUAAGUGCUUAGAAUAUUCUCUGUAGCAAAUGAUAGUCAUAAAAUGACAUGCACUUCACGUUUACUACUUGCAAUACAAAUACUUUACAUACUCUAUGUAUCUGUAGGGAUUUGUACGUAAAAAGUAUGUUCAUGUAUAUUUCAAUAGACGUUUUAGAUUUGGUCCAUACACGGAUAGUGUAUGUAACCGUUUUAAUCCAAUUCCAAACAUGAAAAAUACUAAUGAGAUUAAUUUAAUGUCCCACUCUUUUCUCAACUGUAUAUUUGCAUAACAGAAAUAACUGUACUGCUUUCUGAUUGUAAGUCAGUUAUUGUAAGGUUAGCUGCAUUAGAAGCAAGACAAUAUUCCAUACUGAUUACCUAACUGUGGUUAAACCACUGUGAGCUCCAGCUUUUUAGGCCAAACCGUCAUUAUUAAAUGUUUUAUACACUUGAGUAGCCCACUAAGAAAAAAAAAAUGGCUUUACUGUUUACAAAGUGAUUUGCGAUGAGGAAAUCUAGCGUCAUAGCUUAGCUGUUAAAAACUACAGCGGAGACAUUUAAUUCCAUGUUAAUUUACUGUGUAACGUUUUAUAAACUGUAAACUAAUGUGCCAAAAUGGUAUUUUAAAGAGAGGAUUCUGUUUUGAAACAUUUCUAUAGAAGUCUGUAUUCUUAUAAACCACAAAACUCUUUCAGCACAGCUGUAGCCAAUGCAUGGUAGUUUGAUAUUUCACAUGUAUUUUUUGGUUUCCUUUUUGUAAAUGAUGCAUAUGUGUAGCAGCUGCAAGUGUGAUUAUUUAUACUGAAUAUAAACUACUUGUUGACAAUCUUUAUAGAUACACUUAUUUUAAAUCACACCAGAACACACUGUAUGUUAUGUCUAAUUUGUCAAGAGAUUGUUUGGAUACCUGUUAAUGAUUUUAGAAAUGCAUUAAGCAUGCAGGUAGCAGUGUGUGUGUGUUUUCUGAGAAACAUUUGACUCUGUAGCACUCUGUGUCACUAUCAUCGACACAGUGACGUGAGAUUCGGUUUGGAUAGGAAUGAAUCCAGUCGAAAUCUGUUACAGUGAUGUUAUGUGUUAAUGUUGCGCGGCCUGACAGACAAAUAAAGUCAAACUCUGUUAAUACACAGUUUGUUUCUAACGUAACAUGGUUCUGUUUCCCUCUAGUAACAUGGUAGAUGAAUAAAAACUGUGCUGUAUCAGUGUUUGAAUAAACAUUUGCCAUUUAACAUCUCUUCAA